AUGUUUAAGAAUAGUCUCUACGUAUAUGGCAAUGAAAAUAUUCAAGUGCCAGCACAUUUAAAUUUCGGAAAAUAUCUGUUUGAUCGGCUAAAAUCGUUUUGCAAAAGUAGCGAAAUAGCAGUGGAAAACCCUCUGUCCGGAGAGAAAAUAACAUACCAGGAAUUAAUUGAGUAUUCAGUGAAUGUCGCAGUUUUGCUGAGAGACUUGGGAGUGGGAAAUGGACAAACUGUUGGUAUAGGCAGCGAGAAAAGAAUACAAUUUAUUUCUACUGCCUUGGCUGUGGUGUUUACUGGGGCAGCUUAUACUCCGCUUGAUUUAGAUACUGGGAGAGCGGUCCUAAAGCAUAAACUGAACUUAUCUAGGCCUAAAUACUUCAUAUGUUCUCAACUAUUUUGGGAAACAUAUAAGAACGUUUUAAAAGAAUGUGAUUUCAUUGAACACUUCAUAUGUUUUGACGAAAAUUACGAUAUAGAAGUAUCGUUAAAGGCGGUGCCGAAGGUGGCAGACUUGGCCGCUUUUGAACCUGCCACUGUGCAGGGUCAAACAGAUACCGCAAUUAUCCUGUAUUCGUCUGGCACCACUGGCAUGCCAAAGGGAGUCCAACUGACGCAUUUAAACUUUAUUUUAAACUGCCAGCCACAUGGGUUUGAGGACGAGUCUCUGAAAAACAUGUUUAUAAUAGGAGAAUGGUUUCACGUUUACGACAUAUUGCUGACUUACAUGUACAUGACGCUCGGCAGAAAAAUUGUAUUUGUGGACGACGUUACAUCUGAAAAUUUAGUGAAGGCUAUUCAGCUAUGUAAGGUUGAUCUCGCUAUGUUAGUGCCUUCACUCGUCGGCUACCUAGUUAAAACAGAACUAGCAGUAGAACAGUACGACCUGAGUUCACUAAAAUUUAUAUUUAGUCGUGCAUCUCCUCUAGGUGGUCAAACAAUUGAUUUGCUGAAACAAAGAUUGCCGACACUAAGAGAUGUAGUACAAGUAUAUGGCAUGACUGAGUCUGGCUGCUUUACGUCAGAGAGAUUCGGUGUUAAAGGACCUAAAAGUGGAAGUGUUGGUUCGGUUUACCCUGGAAUAACUUUGAAGGUAAUCGAUCCAAAAACUGGUGAAACUCUAGGAGCCAACCAGCGCGGAGAAAUACGUUUGCGCGUUGGCCCUCUAUUUAUGAAGGGGUACAUUGGGAAGGACCGGGCCACGUAUCUAGACGAAGAGGGUUUCUUUCCAACUGGAGACUUGGGAUACUACGAUGAAGACAAAUACUUUUACAUCGUCGGCAGGCUUAAGGAGAUUAUAUUCUAUGAUGGAUAUAAGACUGCUCCGUCAGAGCUCGAGACUAUCCUAGAACUACAUCCGGGCGUGCUCGAGGCGGGCGUCGUGGGCAAGCCGGCGGGAGACAUUGGCGAGGACCCGGUGGCCUUCGUAGUCCGACAGCCCGGCUCCAGCGUCUCUGAGCGGGAGCUCAUCGACUACAUAACUAAAGCGGUACCACCAUACAUGCAUCUGAGAGGAGGCGUAAUAUUUGUUCCGGAAAUACCUAGAAACCAGACGGGAAAAAUCAUACGUCGUCGCCUAAUGGAAAUGUUGAAAUGA